AUUAUGUUUGAAUAAUUUUUUUGAAAGUGAAAGCCAAUUUCGUCUACCCGAAUCAUAUAAAUCUGUGCCUAACUUAAUCCGGAGAGCGGGUUAUCCAGCAGAAGAGCAUCGGGCACUAACGCCUGACGGCUACGUCCUGCAACUGCACAGGAUACCCACAGGAAGAGGGCUGCCUAGGUCCUCUGGUGUCAAGAAGAAAGCAGUACUCAUAGUACAUGGUGUCUUCGGAUGUAGUAGCAACUUUAUUUUGAUGGGACCAGAAAAAAGUUUAGGUUUCAUGCUUGCAGACGCAGGAUAUGAUGUAUGGCUGGGCAACUUGCGAGGGAAUCGACACACAGCACAUCUGAAUCUAACCAGAGCUAAUCCUAAGUUUUGGGAAUACAGCUUCCAUGAGCACGGCAAGUACGACGUACCAGUUCUGAUAGACAAAGUGCUGGCCGUCUCUGGGCAGUCCAGUCUGCUGUAUAUCGGCCACUCCAUGGGCACCACCAGCUUCUUCAUCACGGCCUCACUCAGGCCAGAAUACAACGAUAAAGUGGUGGCGUUCGUCGGUCUGGCACCGGCCGUAUACUUCGACCAUAUGAAGUGGCUCGCUGACUUCCUUUUGAAAAGUCUUAAAAUUGUUAACUGGCUACGUGAACGUGGCUUCAUGGCGUUAGGAUUGCCGCCCAUUCUCAUGGAACUGUUCAUACGUAGUCUGUGCUCGAACAAGAGUCCGCGCGACAACUUCUGCGUCUUCAUGAUGCAGAAUCUCGUCGGCGAGAACUUCGAUCAAGUAGAUCCGAAUGUAACAACACAAAUGAUGACUCGAGUACAGCCGGCCUCUUGGCGGCAAUUUGAACAUUAUGGCAAGAUCGCACUCACUAGUAAGUAUAGUUCUAAUCAAGAAGAUCACUCGCUUGUAAGUUGA